ACUGGAGAGAAGCCGUUCACUUGUGAUCAAUGUGGAAAGAGUUUCACACGAUCAUCAAACCUUAUGUAUCACAUGAACAUCCACACUAGAGAGAAGCUUUACACAUGUGAUCAAUGCAACAAAACAUUUUUGAGGACUUCUGUCCUGAAGAAUCACCUGAAAGUACAUUCAAAGGAGAAGCCACAUUCAUGCCAUUUGUGUGGAAAGAGCUUUUCAUGUCUACAAAAUGUAAAAGUACAUCAGAAAAUACAUACUGGUGUGAGAGAGUACAUGUGCUUUGAGUGUGAAAAGACUUUUAUUUCAGCAAAGUGUUUAAAACGGCACGAGAGGAUCCACACUGGAGAAAAACCUUACAAGUGUUCACACUGUGACAAGAGAUUCAGUGAUUCAGCAAGUCGGAAAAGACAUGAGAGGAUCCACACUAGAGAGAAACCACACAAGUGUUCACACUGUGACAAGACAUUCAGUCAGUCAUCACAUCUGAAAACACAUGAGAGGAUCCACACUGGAGAGAAACCGUAUCACUGCACUGCAUGUGGGAAGUGUUUCAAUCAUUCAUCUUCUCUACACAGUCAUACAAAAAACAUUCACAAGUUAAAUGGAGAAAAUAAUGAGAAUGAAGAAUUGAGUGAAGUUGAGGAGAAAAAUCAUGUUAAAACUGAAGAAAAACCUUUGAGUUGCUCUCAAACCAAACAGAAAGAUUUAAAGAAAAGAAGAGCCAAGAAAUCUUUCACCUGCACUCAGUGUGGAAAGAGUUUCUCAUUCAAACAUCAUCUUGUGCUUCACAUGAGAGUUCAUACUGGAGAGAAACCAUACACUUGUAAUCAGUGCGGGAAGAGCUUCACACAAUUAUCAACUCUUAAAUUACACAUGAACAUCCACACUGGAGAGAAACCUUACAAGUGUCCUCACUGUGACAAGAGAUUCAGUCAUUCAGGACAUCUGAAAACACAUGAGAGGAUCCACACUGGAGAGAAACCGUACACAUGUGAUCAAUGCGGGAAGAGUUUCACACGAAAAGAAAACCUUAUAAGGCAUAUGAGUGUUCAUACUGGAGAGAAACCAUUUCCUUGUGAUCAAUGCGGGAAGAGUUUCACACAAUCAGCAACCCUCAAAGAUCACAUGAGGAUCCACACAAGAGAGAAACUGUACACAUGUGAUCAGUGCAGCAAAACAUUUUUGAGAGCUUCAAACCUGAAGAAACACCUGAGAGUUCAUACAAAGGAGAAGCCACAUUCAUGUUAUUUGUGUGGAAAGAGUUUUUCACGUUUACAAACAAACAGUUUAAAACAGCAUGAGAUGAUCCACACUGGAGAGAAACCUUACAAGUGUUCACACUGUGACAAGAGAUUCAGUCGGUCGGGACAUCUGAAAACACAUGAGAGGAUCCACACUGGAGAGAAACCGUAUCACUGCACUGCAUGUGGGAAGCGUUUCAAUCAUUCAUCUUCUCUACACAUUCACAUGAGAAUUCACACUGGAGAGAAACCGUUCACUUGUGAUCAGUGCGGGAAGAGUUUUUCACAAUCAUCAAACCUUAAGAGACACAUGAGGAUCCACACUGGAGAGAAACUGUACACAUGUGAUCAGUGCAGGAAAACAUUUUUGAGGGCUUCAGUCCUGAAGACACACCUGAUAGUUCAUACAAAGGAGAAACCACAUUCAUGUCAUUUGUGUGGAAAGAGCUUUUCACAUCUACAAAGUUUGAAAGAACAUAAAAAAAUACAUACUGGUGUGAGAGAGUACCUGUGCUUUGAGUGUGAAAAGACUUUUACUUCAGCGAGCAGUUUAAAACUGCAUGAGAGGAUCCACACUGGAGAGAAACCUUACAAGUGUUCACACUGUGACAAGAGAUUCAGUCAGUCAUCACAUCUGAAAACACACGAGAGGAUCCACACUGGAGUGAAACCGUAUCACUGCACUGCAUGUGGGAAGUGUUUCAAUCAAUCAUCUGCUUUACACAAGCAUACAAAUAAUAUUCACAGUAAGUAGAUCAUCUUCAGAUCCAGCACUUUCAGAUCUGAUGCUGUGUCCUCAACAAAUCCUUAUCAAACGGAAUUUAUUCCAAGUGCGCUCUUUUAUCUGGGUCAUGAAGGAUGCUCCAUUCACGAAUUAAUCU